AUGGAAAGCACGCUGACCGCCCGGGACAAGGUCGGGGUGCAGGAUUUUGUGCUGUUGGAUGCCUACACCAGCGAAUCUGCUUUUCUGGACAAUCUUCGAAAGCGUUUCAGCGAGAACCUCAUCUAUACCUAUAUUGGGACUCUCCUUGUAUCUGUGAAUCCGUACCAGGAGCUUGGAAUCUACACUAUGAGCCAGAUGGAACUUUAUCAAGGGGUCAAUUUCUUUGAACUGCCACCACAUGUCUACGCCAUAGCUGACAACGCUUACCGCAUGAUGUGCUCUGAGCUAACUAACCACUUCAUCCUCAUUUCUGGAGAGAGCGGGGCAGGGAAAACGGAGGCCUCCAAGAAGAUUCUCCAGUAUUUUGCCGUGACCUGCCCAAUGACCGAGUCACUACAAAUAGCCCGUGACAGACUGCUGCUCUCCAAUCCAGUGCUGGAGGCUUUUGGAAAUGCCAAAACACUCCGGAAUGACAACUCCAGCAGAUUUGGAAAAUACAUGGACAUCCAGUUUGACUAUAAGGGCAUUCCCGUAGGCGGGCAUAUCAUCAGUUACCUGAUAGAAAAGUCUCGAGUCGUCUAUCAAAACCAGGGCGAGAGGAACUUCCACAUCUUCUACCAGCUGCUGGAGGGAGGCGAAGAGGAACUCCUUGCUUACCUUGGACUUGAGCGGGACCCCCAGCUGUAUAAAUACCUCUCACAGGGUCAUUGUGCCAAAGAGUCGUCUAUUAAUGACAAGAACGACUGGAAAACUGUUUCCAGUGCCUUUUCUGUCAUCGAUUUUACUGAAGAUGACCUCGAGAAUCUCUUUGGAAUUCUUGCCAGCGUCCUACACCUGGGGAACGUUUGUUUUGAAGAGAACCACCAAGGCUGUGCCACGAUCCCAGACACCCACGAGAUCAAAUGGAUCGCCAAGCUCCUGGGGGUCCACCCAUCCAUCCUUCUGGAAGCUCUCACCCAUAGAAAGAUUGAAGCCAAAACUGAAGAGGUAAUAUGCCCACUGACUCUGGAACUCUCUGUCUACGCUAGAGACGCAAUGGCAAAGGCCAUUUAUGGACGAACAUUUACUUGGCUAGUCAACAAAAUCAAUUCCUCCUUAGAGAACAAGGAUUUCACCAAGAAGACUGUGAUUGGAUUGCUGGAUAUCUAUGGGUUUGAGGUCUUCGACAAGAAUGGUUUCGAACAGUUCUGCAUCAAUUACUGCAAUGAGAAACUCCAGCAACUGUUAAUUGAGAGAACCCUUAAGGCGGAACAGGCAGAAUACGAAAUGGAAGGCAUAGAGUGGGAGCCCAUUCAGUAUUUCAACAACAAGAUCAUCUGUGAUUUGGUGGACGAGAGACACAAAGGGAUCAUUUCCAUUCUGGAUGAAGAAUGUAUCCGUCCCGGUCCCGCUACGGACUUGAGUUUCCUGGAGAAACUGGAAGAGAAAGUAGGCCAGCAUGCACACUUCCAGACCCGGAAGCUGGCGGGGCCAAAGGGCCGAAAGAGGAUUGGCUGGAUGGAGUUUCGGCUCUCUCACUACGCAGGAGAGGUCACGUACUGCACCAAAGGCUUCUUGGAAAAGAACAAUGAUCUCCUCUACAGACAUCUGAAAGAAGUGCUCUGCAGUUCCAAAAAUCGCAUCCUGAAGGAAUGCUUCCUGGUGGCUGAGUUAGAAAACCGAAGAAGGCCACCAACGGUGGGGACUCAGUUUAAAAACAGCCUGAGCAGCCUUCUGGAAAUCCUCAUCUCUAAGGAACCUUCAUACAUCCGUUGCAUCAAGCCCAAUGAGAGGAAAGAACCCAGCAAGUUUGAUGACUUGCUCAUAAGGCAUCAGAUCAAGUACCUGGGGCUGAUGGAGCACCUGCGGGUGAGACGGGCUGGCUUUGCACACCGGCGGAAAUAUGAGCAUUUCUUGCAAAGGUACAAGUCCUUGUGCCCAGACACCUGGCCACACUGGCACGGGCCUCCAGCAGAGGGCGUAGAACGGCUGAUCCAGUACAUCGGCUACACGCCUGAGGAGUACAAGUUAGGGAGAACCAAGAUAUUCAUUCGUUUCCCCAGAACUCUGUUUGCUACUGAAGAUGCCUUUGAAUUUAGUAAACAUCAAUUAGUUGCAAGAAUCCAAGCCACAUACAAAGCCUGCCUAGAGAGGAGAGUGUACGUGAGAAAGAGACACGCAGCCAUCACACUUGAAGCCCACUGGCGCGGGGCCCUGGCUCGGAAGCUGGCCAAAAGGAGAAAGUGGGCUGUGUGGACCGUAAGAAAGUUCAUAAAGGGAUUCAUCAACCGCAACAAGCCUCUCUGCCCGGACAAUGAGGAGUUUAUCGUGUUCGUGCGGAAGAAUUACCUCUUGACCCUCCGGUAUCAUGUCCCAAAGAACGUCUUGGACAAGAGCUGGCUGAGGCCUCCUGGCAUUUUAGAAAAUGCCUCGGACCUGCUCAGGAAGAUGUGCACCAGGAACCUGGUUCGGAAGUACUGUCGCGGGAUCACGGCCGAGAGGAAGGCGCUGAUGCAGCAAAAGGUGGUUACAAGUGAGCUCUUCAGGGGGAAGAAAGAAGGUUAUGCAGAAGCCUUAAACCAGCCCUUCGCCAACAGUCGGAUCGAUGAAGGAGACAUUAAUCCCAAAGUACUUCAACUCAUCAGCAGUGAGAAAAUCCAGUACGGUGUCCCGGUCAUUAAAUACGACAGGAAGGGCUUCCGGGCGCGGGAGCGGCAGUUCCUCCUCACUCAGAAAGCGGCUUACGUGGUGGAACUUGCCAAAAUCAAGCAGAAAAUAGCAUACUCGGCACUCAAAGGGGUCUCCACCAGCAGCCUCAGUGAUGGAAUCUUGGUCAUUCACGUGUCGCCAGAGGACAGCAAACAAAAGGGGGAUGCCGUCUUACAGUGUGAACAUAUCUUUGAAGCCAUUACUAAGCUCGUCAUGCUGGUGAAGCGGGGGAACAUUGUCAAUGUCGUCCAGGGGAGUUUACGGUUUUAUAUUAGUCCUGGAAAAGAAGGCACGAUCGUUUUCGACACGGGACCAGAAGAGCAAAUCUAUAAAGAUAAAAACGGACAGUUAACCGUGGUGUCUGUCCGCACGACUUCCUCCUGA